AUGCGGGCUCUCACCGCAUGCCAGCUAUGUCGCUCGAAAAAGGUCAAGUGCAACAACGCGCGUCCUUCAUGUAGUAAUUGUGAGAAAUCAAAGGCUGCAUGCGUUUACGGGGACUCUCAGGAUAUCUCUUCCUUCGACUCCGCGAGCCUUCUGAUCUUGGACAAGCUAAACCACGUCCUUUCUCGGUUGGAUGAUAUUCAAGUUCCCGUCACUAGACUUGCUUCAUUGAUGAGCCCGGUCGGCGGCCCCGAUAUCACAGCAACAGAAGCGGAUAGAACGCCAACGCAGAUUGACACGCGCGACCAUGAAACCCAUGGGCAAGACCAAGACUCAGACCAACUCCACAUACCGUCUUCGAGGGCCAACGUAGAUGCUGUUCUCCAGUGGCCCAUCUUCGGUACCCUGUUUCCGCCCAGCUACAUCACGGACGCCGUUUUCGGGUUGGAGUGCUGCGAUGAGGCUCAAGAACUUGAAGGUACGUCUCGAGGCUCAAACAAGCGACUUGCCAUGAAGACAUCAUCCCUCGGCAUUGAUGAAGAUGAGAUUAUCGAUCUGGUACAAGCAUUUCUUGAGCUUGUACACAUCAAGAAUCCCAUCUUAGACGUUGGAAUGCUCUGCUCUUACGCUCGCAGUGUUGUCGAGGAUGGGCUGAAAUGGGACUCAGCUUCGUGCCUCGUGCUUCUUGCGUGUGCGCUCGGCAGAGUGGCGACUCGGUUUGCGCCCGCACAUGUAGACGAGACGGAAACACAACCGACAUCGCUCGACGCGCAAGCCCAGGAUCUCCGCCAAGGCGAGGCAUACUAUAACUUAGCUCGAAGAAGGUUUGGUCUUCUAGAGACAGGGAUUCUCUCCUCACAGUGUCACUUCUUAGCCGGCGUGUACAACAUGUACAUCAUGCGACCGUUGACCGCAUGGUCACAGUUCCAGUCAGCGACCAAGUCCUACUGGCUUUACCUGCAGUGCCAGGCGAAACAGCUUCCUCGGCAGAUAGUGGGCUCGACCGAGGCUUCCAAACGACGAAGUAUGGAGCAGAGAUUGUACUGGAGCUGCUACAAAACCGAGUGCGAACUGCGAGCCGAGAUCAGCCUCCCGAAUAGUUCCUUAGCGGAUAUCCACUAUUCCGACAUGCAUCCUUCGCCCCCAGAUAUAGACGAUGACGGAGUCAUCGCUGAGUUUGGGUCAUCCCCUCAAGGAAGACCUAGUUGGUCGAGAUCGGCCAUUCGCACGACUUUCGGGUCGCGUCAACAACAUGAGCAGACCUGGUACUACUACUUGACUGAGAUAACGCUGCGCCGCAUAGCCAACCGCGUGCUCAACUUUUUCUAUGCGGGGGAUUAUAGCGAUUGGACAAGAGACUCGGUGCCUUUCCUGGUUAAAGCUGCCGAGCAGUUCGAGCAGCAGCUGGAGGAAUGGUACGCGGGUCUUCCGCCUCUCAUCCAAUUCCGCGACGAUUCGCCUCCAAUAGAAGAGCUACCGUAUCACGUCCGAGACCGCGUACUCGAAAUCAAGACCUGGAUCUACGCGCCUUUCUUGCACUACGCCAUUCAUUCACUACCUGGAGCGCCCUACCGAGAUAUUAUCCAGCCGUUUGUCGAGAAGUCAGUAGCAUACAGUUUCUAUAUGAUGCGGGAUAAGCCAAACCGAAAUCGCCAUCACGGAAGCUGGUACAUGAUCCGCAGUAUCACGUCGUCAUGUUUGUUCAUCCUCGCCGCGAUUCGGUGCGGUACCAUCCCUGUGCCUGGGGAAUGGAGACUGGAAAUACGGGCAGCUAUCAUCAGGAUGCAGUACUGGGCGGCAGAAGGACCAGGCAUUCCUCGUGCUAUCGAAGUGCUUGAGACCUACCUGAAAGAUGCUUGA